AUGGCGGAAUCAGCUCAGCAUAUCAUCAUCAUAAUUGCCACCACCGUCGUAUCCCUGAUAUUUCUACGGCUGUUUAUAGCUGCCAAAAGAAAACAUGUGCGGAAAACAACCCCCGACCUCCGCCUGCCGCCGAGCCCUCCGUCGCUGCCGCUCAUCGGCCACAUCCACCACCUCGCAUCAAUCCAGCCCAUGUUCAAAACCUUCCACGCGCUCCAGAGAAAGUACGGCCCACUCCUCUACCUCCGCCUGGGCUCCUACCCCGUCGUCCUCGUCUCGUCGCCGCCUCUCGCCGACGAGAUCUUCCGCGAGCAUGACGUCAGCUUCGCGGGCAAGCCCGAGUCGCCGCUCGCGGACCGACUGCUGUUCGGGGACUCGGGGUUCGUGACGGCGCCCUACGGCGAGUACUGGAGGUUCAUGAAGAAGAUGUGCGUCACGGAGCUGUUCUCCACGCGCCAGCUGGAGCGGUCGAGGAGCGUGAGGCGGGAAGAGCUGGCGCGGUUUUUGAGGCGGCUGGCGAUGAAGAGCCAGGCGACGGCCGCCGUGGAUUUGAGGGAUGAGCUACUGACGCUCGGCAAUAACAUCAUUUGCAGGAUGGCCAUGAGCAUGAAAUGUUCGGAGGAAGACAACGAAGCAAAGAGGUACAGGACGUUGGUGAACGCUACACGCGACCUGACACUCAAAAUGCUCCUCACGAGUAUGCUUGGCCCUUUCAAGAAACUGGGACGUUUCAUGCUCCGCAAGCAGGCCACGGAAGUGCCGGCCAGGUUUGACGAGUUGCUGGAAGGAAUCUUGAAGAAACACGAAGAAAGAAGUGGUGGUGGCGCUGAUGAUGAAACCAAUUGUGAUGAUUUGAUGGAUAUUCUCCUACGAGUGUCGAAGGAUCCAAAUGCUGAGGUCAACGUCACCAGAAAAAACAUCAAGGCAUUCUUCCUGGAUCUAUUCCUUGCUGGCACAGGCACUACAACAGAUGCAACGGUGUGGGUGAUGGCAGAGCUCAUCAACCAUCCAGAAGUAUUCAAGAGGGUCAGAAAAGAAAUCCACGACCUAAUCGGAAGCAACAACAACGGCAGGCUGGUGGAAGAAACGGACGUUCCCAACCUUCCCUAUUUGCAAGCCGUCGUGAAGGAGGCGAUGAGGCUACAUCCGCCGGUGGUGGUGGUACCAAGGGCUUGCCGGGAGACAUGCAACGUCGGAGGGUUCGACAUACCGAAAGGCACGGCGGUGGCCAUCAAUGUCUACUCCAUAAUGAGAGACCCAGCGGUUUGGGUCAAUCCUGACGACUACUCUCCCGAAAGAUUCCUGAAAUCUUCUGACGAUAGCGGCAGAAGAUCUCAUCAUGGCGGCUUUAUCCCGUUUGGCGGGGGAAGGAGGAUGUGUGUUGGUUCCGCCAUGGCGCUCAGUGUGAUACACUGUGCGGUGGCGGCCAUGGUUCAUUUCUUUGACUGGAAGCUUGAGAACGGGGAGGAGAGUGUGAAUAUGGAAACGACGUUAGGGUUCAACAUGACCUUGGCCAAACCGCUCGUCUGUCUCCCCCAGCUGGUUUGCGCCGACUCAGUGUUCCGGAGUGUGGAAGUUUCUUCACGUUGA